CCGCAUAGUGAUCAUCAUGGCACCGAUUGUCCUUUACAGUACGCGUCGUACGCCGGCCGGCAGGGCCGUGGAGUUGACAGCCAAAAUGAUUGGCCUGGAACUGGACGUGCAGUACAUCGAUCUUGCGAAGAAGGAACAACUGACACCCGAGUUUCUGAAGAUGAAUCCGAUGCACACCGUUCCGACCGUCAACGAUAAUGGUGUGCCGUUGUAUGAUAGCCACGCCAUCAUUAUCUAUCUUGUGUCCAAGUACGCUAAGGAUGACAGUCUCUAUCCCAAAACGGAUCUCGUCAAACAGGCCAAUAUCAAUGCGUUGCUGCAUUUUGAGUCCGGUGUGCUGUUUGCGAGAUUGCGUUGGAUCCUGGAGCCGGUGUUCUACUGGGGACAGACUGAGAUACCGCAGGAGAAGAUCGACUCGGUGUUGAAAGCUUACGAGCUGCUGGAGGCCACGCUUACCAAUGCCGGAACGGACUAUCUCGUUGGCAACUCGCUCACGUUGGCUGACAUCUCCGUCAGUACGUCACUAAGUACGCUUAAUGUGCUGUUCCCGGCCGAUGCCACCAAGCACCCGAAGGUUCUGGCCUAUCUGAAGCGGCUAGAGCAAACGAUGCCCAACUACAAGGAGAUCAACACCGAUCGCGCUAAUGAAGCGUUGUUGCUGUACAACCAGAAGCUGGGCAAGGCCUAAAUAAUGAGAUCCUGCUGGUGCUUCAGAUCACAAAUAAACGUUCCACGUCAAUCGCAACUGUGCAUCUUUUAUUCAACGAAAUGUUAAGUGGACUGCUCAGUAUCACAAGUAC